UUCUUCCAUCAUCAUAUCACAUUAGCUAACCAAGGUUCAUUUGUAACACAAAAUAUGGCACAAAAACAUAUCCUCAUAUCACUAGCUAUUUUUCUCUCGCUCCUCUUAGAGUCCUCCUUGGCCAAACAUAAUUCUCAAACAAUAACCUACAUAAAGUCCUCUUGCAAUGGUACUCUCUAUCCUAAUCUAUGCAUUCGUUGCCUUAACAAAUUUUCACAUUCAACCAUAAAUGGCCCUCAACAUUUAGCCCAACUCGCCUUGUCCGUAAGUCUCUCUAGAGCCCUUCAAACAAGAGUGUACCUUUUAGACGCAGCCAAGGAACUCGAGACAAUUGAUCAUAACAACAAAAGGAUGUAUCUAACCGUUCAAGAUUGUGUGAAUCAAAUCAAUGAUAGUGUUGACCAACUUACCCAGGCCAUCAAAGAACUUAAAAAGUUGAACCAAUUUAACACCAUCAUCAAUGAUAAAGUGUUGUGGCACAUAAGUAAUGUUGAGACAUGGGUUAGUACUGCCUUAACAGAUGCUAGUAGCUGUGUGCAAUCAUUUCCUGGUCACAGGAUGAGUAAAAGGGUUGCAACGAUUAAGGUUAGGGCGAAGAAUGUUGCAGAAGUUACAAGUAAUGCACUUGCUUUGUUUAAUAGUUAUGCUUCCAGGUACAAACUUGCAGCAACUGGAACCACCAAGAAGCCUUGAAAAGCUAAAAAGUUUGUUUCUUUUUUUUCACCACCCUCUGUUUGUUCAUGUAUAUAUUGUAUACAUGUUUUUUCUUUGGGUGGUUUUAUAUUACUAUUAAUCAAGUUUCAUACAAAACAAUUAUUGUAACUGCAUAUUAUAAAGCUAAUUAAAUUCACAUGCAAAACAA